AUGAGCCCCUCGAUACUCCUGCAAUUAGUCCUCACCGGCACUCAGACUCACUACGAAAGUCCUGGAUUGAUCGAUGAGAAGAGAUUGGAACACCUGUUAAUUGCCGGUAAACAAAUUCUGUACAAAUCGCAUCAAGAGAGCGACGUCCGAUCUGCGCUGGGAUUCAACCCUCGAAUAUGGGAGGGCUUGACGACGGUGCUCAAGCACGCUCUUCCGGCCCUAGAACAACAAUCCUUUACCUACAAACACCCUCCGCACCUAGGCUUCGGCGGCAGCAGCUCCGAACUCAUUGCAGCCCAUUACCUCAGCCUGGUCAAGGACAUUGAACGACUCAAUGAUCUAUGUACCAUCGCGCGCAACCUCCUUGCCACCACCAAAAAAGCACAGAACCUCGCUGCGGAAAAAGGGUUCGAUCAACAGAUCCUCAAACUCAUCGAUGUCUGUGUUAAGGUCACAGCUCGGGGUUUCGAUGGCGAGGCAAACCCCCGAAACGAGGAAAGAUGGCAAAAAGUGGUGAAUCUGUAUAAGCGGCUGUUGAUCACUUGCCUGCAGUUCUUGCACAAUUUCAUUAUGCACAAUGAACAGCGAAAGUUGGUUCUGUGGCUGGAUCUGUUUGGACAGUCCCAAGCAAACGAGGUUGACGACCGGAGCAGCCUUCCAGACCAGCAGACUGUCGACGAUGAAGGCAAGGACCAUGCUGCAAAGGAGGACAGGAUCCGGUCGACUGUUGAGAAAAUGCCACGACGAGUGGGUCGGCUUGCGAUGGAUGGCGGUGACCCCGGGUACAACAUCGACGAUGUCCAUGCGCUGUUCGACCUGAUGAGCACCAAUAAAGAGCCGGAUGAGCAGACUCAAAAGGCGGCAAAAGUUCUCAUGGAUAAGAUCAGAACCGACAUGGAAACUCUGUCGGGUAUGAACGCGAAUCAACUGGACGAUAGCCCAGAUGUACUGUUGAAAGUAGGCGCGGAACUACGGGCUUGGUUGCAGAACAAGGAGGAUGUUGCUGCCACCGAGACCAAUUCCACACAAGUCAAGCAGGUUGCCGAGAAGAUCAUGGCUCUCACCCAAGUCAAUGGCUACAAACCUAGUGCCAAGUUGAGGGAUGCGCACUGGAGCGAUCUACCCGAGCCGGGGUCGUAUGGCGACCUGAAUGAGACCUCCCAAGAUUUGACCGAAGAAGACCUGAGCAUGCCCCGAACCGCUCAAUCUGCAGCUGCGACGUUGAAAGAAGCAAAAGACGAACUCAUGGCCCGUUUACAUCCACGGUCUGGUCCCUUAGGCGAGUACGACGGAGCGGAAUAUGAUGACGAUGUUGAUCCAGAGGACUAUGAACUUGAAGACGACGAAGACGAUCUCAUCAGCGUCGGAGAUAGUAUGGAAGACGACGAUUACCGUGGAUCUGGAGAUCAAGAACGCGGUCUGCUCACCGAUGUUCCCCUCGUCCUUGGGCCGACUGAAAUCGAAGCAUUGCCCAUGAUCAUUCAAGCAGGCAUUGUGGACAAUUUUGGCUCGAAGAACAGUACCACUGCACAUCAGCAGGGUCUAAAAAACAUGCAAGCAGUCCGCUGUCAUAUAUUACUCGCUCAAGAAGCAGGGCGUAACGUUCUGCGGGAGUUGUUGAUAUUCAUCGCUGCGUGGGAUUUGCCAGAUGACGAGUUCUACUUCAAAAUGAUGGUGCAAAUCAUGGAAGCCAUUCUGAAAAAUGGACUCAUGUCCCAUGCGUACGCGGACUUUGGCCAGCCCAAGGACAUCAUCUCCCCAGCGCAAGCUGUUGUUAUCAAGAUUCUGACACACAUAUUCCGCGCAAAAUACAGCCCUCCUUCGGCGGCGCAACAGCAACAAAAUGCGACAGGCGAGCAGGCACCAACAGCACAGCACCAAAAACCUCGACUGGCUCCCUCACCACUCAGUCGUGUAGACGUCCUCACCGUUCGUUAUAUUUUCAUCGUCUUCCGAGGCAACAUCAUUCCCGAAACUUGCGCCCUGAUCUACCUGCAAGGUCAAAUUCGCGCUGGUCUCGCGCUAGCAGAGGAUUUCCCAUUGAACUUGUGGGAUAUGGAGCGUGUGUACGAAGGCGUGUACCAGUUUCUAGAGUUCUUUGCAGUGCUCACAGAAAACAACGACUGGAAAAAGUUGCUCGUUCAGUGGGAGAUCGUGUAUGAUUUGGUAACGUUGAUCAAAGAGUUGGAUCAAAGUAUCGCGAAGGUCGGGUUGACGCAGGCUAUGCCUCCUCCCGCAACGGGUGCGAAUGGCAACUUGAAGAUGCCGACCAAUGGAACUCGGGCACAAAGCACGACUGGCGUCGAACAUCCAGAGCAAGCAUCAACGCUUCCUGCUCACGUUGCCGUGGAGAGACCCUAUGAUACUGCCAUGCCAGCCGAAGGACCCGCACAAGAGAAUGGCACCUCAACGGUCACCGAGUCGCUUCCCCAACCACCAAAAGACUUACCGUCACCGUCACCCCCUGCACAAGCUCCUCCCGCGGCAACAACUGUGACCGAAGAGCCAGCCGAUUUUGAGUGGCGUAACCUCAAGAAACUGAUCGUGCUGGUGUUGUCGAGUUUGGUCUGGAAGUCACCGACAGUACAGAAUCAAAUUCGGGAGUAUGGUGGAGUUGAGACGAUCCUGAGUUGUACAUCCUAUGAUGCAUGCAAUCCGUACAUCAAAGAGCACGCCGUGAUGUGUCUAAAGUUCCUUUUGGAGCACAACCCAGAAAACCAGGCGCUUGUUUCUUCUCUCGAAGCGAGGGAAAUUGUCCCGGCACCAGGUGAAAAAGAUGCCGAGUUGGUGAGGGAGACGACCGAGAAGUUGGGCCUCGAGGUGCGCUUGGGAAGUGAUGGGCGGGCGAGGGUCGUGAGAAGAGAUGGUGCUCAAGGCCAGAUGGCGAAGAGGGGGGUGGCAACAGACAGGAGUCCGAAUAACAGGAGUGGUAGGAUUGAGGAAGUUGGUGAUGAUUACGACGAGAUCGCGACAUUGGGCCUACCAGUCAAUGGGGGCGAUGCUGAAUCCAAGGAUAAAGGGAAAGGCAAAGAGCGUGCGGUAGACCCGGACGACAACCACGGGGACGGUCAAGAGAUCGAAUUUAUGUGA